AUUGCAAGUGCAAUUGAAAUACUUAUCAUUUAUAAUAUAAAUCAUGAAGUUAAUAUCUCCGCAUUUUUUAACGGCACUCAUAUUUAUCCUAGCGGCACAAAAUUAUGUUGUUCAGGCUAAAGCUGUUUUGCCAGCACCUGAAGUGGGUCCUGUUGAUGAAGUCGACAUUAGCAAAGUGGAACCGAAGAAGAUUGAAGAAGAUGAAAUUACUGACGAAAUUCCCCAUGAAAUAUCCAAGAGAUCUAUUUAUCCGAGCUAUCCCUUUUACAACAUAGGAAAUCCGUAUGGAAGUUCAGGUGGUAUGUCUGGGUACGGUGAUGGAUCAGGUGGAAGUUUCAGUGGAAGUACAUCUAUGCCAUUUCCCGGAGGUUCAGGCGCAAGUUUCACUGGAAGCACAUCUCUGCCAUAUGGAUUUCCUGCCGGUCAAGGAGUAAGUUUCAGUGGAAGUACACCUGUGUAUGUAGGCACACCUGGAGGUUCAGGCUCAAUAGUCCCCAUGAUAUUUGGCCUUCCUGGAAGUUUCAGUACACCUAUGCUAUUUGGCGCACCUGGUGGUUCAGGCACAAGCCCCUCUGGAAUGUAUAUGAUAGGUGGACCCCUAGGAGGUCCAAGUGUAUAUUCUCCUGCAUUUGGCAGCCUUCCUGGUAUGAAUCCCAGUUUAAUUAUAUAUAUUAUGGGUCCAGGCGCAAGUCCUAGUGGAAGUCCUUCUGGAAGCAGCUCACCUAUAAAUGGAAAUAUGCCGAUGCCAAUGCCAAGGCCUACGCCCAUUAACUUACCUAGUGGAAGUCCAUCUGACUCUCCUGGAAGUGUAAAUAUGCCAAUAUAUAUUUCCACUAUGCCAAUGCCUAUGCCUCCUAUGCCUAUGCCGAUACCACCAAUGCAUCCUAUGCCAAUGCCUAUGCCCGGUAACUUACCUGGAAGUCCCGGUGAAGUUAUGCCGAUUCCCGGUAAAUUACCAGAAAGCCCCAUUGGCGUUCCGAAUAUUCCGCCUAAUUAUUCUGAAAGUGGAAAUAUCCCCUGGCCAAUGCCUAUUCCCGGUGAUUUGCCUGGAAGCUCCAGUCUCGAUCCUAGUGGAAGUAUAACUUGGUUAGUUAGCCCGCCUGGUCCAGCAGAAAAUAUACCCAGCUCCUAUCCUGAAAGUCCAAGUACAAGCCCAGUAGGAAGUUCACCUGGUUCAAGCCCCUAUCCAGGAAUUCCUGGAGAAAGCUCACCUGGUUCCAACCCUCUUCCUGGAAGUCCAAGUGGAAGUAUAUCUUGGAUAAACGGCGUUCCUGUAGGCUCUGAAACAAGUCCUGUUGAAAGUUCACCUGGUUCAAGCCCCUAUCCUGGAAGUCCAACUGGAACUACACCUGGUUCAAGCCCUUAUCCAAGUGGAAGCAUAAGUUGGAUAAACGGAGUACCUGUACCUGUAGGUCCUGAUGGAAAUCCCGUUGGAAGUUCACCUGGUAAAAACCAGUAUCCUGAAAGCCCGAGCACAAGUCCAAUUGGCAGUACACCUGGGUCAAGCCCCUAUCCUGGUAGUCAAAGUGGAAGUAUAAGUUGGGUAAACGGAAUGCCUGUACCAGUAGGUCCUGAAGGAAGUCCCAUUGGAAAUGUACCUGGAGAAAGCCCAUAUCCUGGAAGUCCUGUUGAAAUUUUACCUGGGAGUCAAAACACAAGUCCCACUGGAAAUACACCUGGUUCAAGCCCCUAUCCAGGAAGUCCAAGUGGAAGUAUGAGUUGGGCAAAUGGAGUACCUGUGGGUCCUGAUGGAAGUCCCGUUGGAAAUGUACCUGGAGAAAACACCUACCCUGGAAGUCCCGCUGAAAGUUCACCCGGUUCAAGCCCAUAUCCUGGAAUUCCCGGUGGAACUAUAACAUGGAUAAAUGGCAUGCCUGUACCUGUAGGUUCCGAUGGAAAUCCCGUUGGUAGUUCACCUGGCGAAAGUCCCUCUUCAGGAAGUCCCAGUGGUACUAUAUCUUGGAUAAACGGUGUACCUGUACCUGUAGGUUCAGACGGAAGACCCAUUGGAAGUUCACCUAGCGAGAGCCCCAGUUAUGGAAGUCCCAGUGGAAGUAUAAAUUGGAUAAAUCCGCUUGAAACUACUCCGGGAAGUCAAGGUACUAGUCCCAGUGGAACUAUAUCAUGGAUAAACGGCGUGCCUGUACCUGUAGGUUCAGACGGAAGUCCACUUGGAAGUUCACCCGGAGAUAUCCCUUCUCCUGGAAGCCCCAGUGGUACUAUAUCGUGGAUAAACGGUGUACCUGUACCUGUAGAUUCAGACGGAAGACCCAUUGGAAGUUCACCUAGCGAGAGCCCCAGUUCUGGAAGUCCAAGUGGAAGUAUAAAUUGGUUAAAUCCACUUGAAAGUACACCGGGAAGUCAAGGUACAAGUCCCAGUGGAACUAUAUCAUGGAUAAAUGGCGUGCCUGUACCUGUAGGUUCAGACGGAAGUCCUCUUGGAAAUUCACCCGGAGAUAGCCCCUCUCCUGGAAGCCCCGGUGGAAGUAUGACUUGGAUAAAUGGUGUGCCUGUAGGUUCAGACGGAAGUCCCCUUGGAAUUUCACCUAGCGAAAGCCCCUCUUCUGAAAAUCCUAGUGGGAGUAUAAUUUGGAUAAACGGCGUGCCUGUACCUGUAGGUUCAGACGGAAAUCCUCUUGGAAGUUCACCCGGAGAUAGCUCCUCUCCUGGAAGUCCCAGUGGUACUAUAUCGUGGAUAAACGGUGUGCCCGUACCUGUAGGUUUAGACGGAAGACCUAUUGGAAGUUCACCUAGCGAGAGCCCCAGUUCUGGAAGUCCCAGUGGAAGUAUAAAUUGGAUAAAUCCUCUUGAAAGUACACCGGGAAGUCAAGGUACAAGUCCCAGUGGAACUAUAUCAUGGAUAAAUGGCGUGCCUGUACCUGUAGGUUCAGACGGAAGUCCUCUUGGAAGUUCACCCGGAGAUAGCUCCUCUCCUGGAAGUCCCAGUGGUACUAUAUCGUGGAUAAACGGUGUGCCCGUACCUGUAGGUUUAGACGGAAGACCUAUUGAAAGUUCACCUAGCGAGAGCCCCAGUUCUGGAAGUCCCAGUGGAAGUAUAAAUUGGAUAAAUCCUCUUGAAAGUACGCCGGGAAGUCAAGGUACAAGUCCCAGUGGAACUAUAUCAUGGAUAAAUGGCGUGCCUGUACCUGUAGGUUCAGACGGAAGUCCUCUUGGAAGUUCACCCGGAGAUAGCCCCUCUUCUGGAAGCCCCGGUGGAAGUAUGACUUGGAUAAAUGGUGUGCCUGUACCUGUAGGUUCAGACGGAAGUCCCCUUGGAAUUUCACCUAGCGAAAGCCCCUCUUCUGAAAAUCCUAGUGGGAGUAUAAUUUGGAUAAAUGGUAUGCCUGUACCUGUAGGUUCAGACGGACAUCCUCUGGAAAGUACACCGGGAAGUCAUGAAACAAGUCCCAGCGGAAGUAUAACAUGGAUAAACGGCGUGCCUGUGUCUGUAGGUUCAGACGGAAGUCCUCUUGGAAGUUCACCCGGAGAUAGCCCCUCUCCUGGAAGUCCCAGUGGAAGUAUGGCUUGGAUAAAUGGUGUGCCUGUAUCUGUAGGUUCAGACGGAAGUCCCCUUGGUAUUUCACCUAGCGAAAGCCCCUCUGCUGAAAGUCCCAGUGGAAGUAUAACAUGGGUAAAUGGUGUGCCUGUACCUGCUGGUCCCAUUGGAGGAUCACCAAGCGAAAGCCCCUUAACUGGAGUUCCCAUUAGUAGCAUAACUUGGAUAAACGGUAAGCCUGUACCUGUGGGUCCAGACGGACGUCCUCUUGGAAGUUCACCUGGCGAUAGCACGUCUCCUGGAAGUCUCAGUGGUAGUAUAACUUGGAUAAACGGUAUGCCUGUACCUGUAGGUUCAGAUGGAAAUCCCAUUGGAAGUACACAGGGUCCCAGUGGAAGUAUAGCUUGGAUAAACGGCUUACCUGUCGGUAGUCCCGGCGAUAUUCCUGUGGUUGGAAGUACAGAACAAAAUCCCUCUGGAAGUUUAACAUGGUUAGGCAGCUUACCUGGAGGUUCAGUCGUUAGUAUACCUGAAAUUAGUAACUUUCCCAGUUUAGGAAGUAUUUGGGGACUUAUAUCUGGUACUGGACUGCCAGUUGUACCUAGUGUUGCAAAUACGGAUGAAGCAGCCUUGAAACCAGUUAUUGAUUUAAGCUCUCUACCUGCUACUACUGUAAAUAUUCUUACAAGUUCUUUUGGAGAUUUACCUGAUUUAAGUGGAAAUUCACCCAUUUCAUUCGUUGAUAUAUUUGGAACUAUGUUGGGCAAAUUAUUUGGAGGAAAUGCUCCUUCUGGAAUCCAGACUACUGUAUUUACUCUGAGUAAUGAAGUAGAUAAACUGUUGGCUGCGGCAGUUGAUAUAGAACAGAUAAAGAAAGAGUUAGACGAUCAGUUGAUAACGGCUGAAGAACCAGAAAAGGAUGCAAUUAUGGCAAAAGAACAAGCUCUAGAGGCUGCUUUGAUGCAACUGGAAGAUCUUUUAAAACAAAAAUGUUUUGAAUUGCAAACUCUUAUUGAUUCUGCUAACAACGUAGCUGCUCAUAUGUCAAAAGUGACUAUGCUGGAAAGCACAGUGGCUGACUUAAAGGCUCAGUUGGAGGCAGCUGAAGGAACGGACAAAGAUUCAAUUGCAACUGCUCUUAACGCAGAGGAAUCUGCUCUAGAUAGUAAAUAUUCUGAUAUUCUUAAUCAAUUAAAAACAUUUAUCGAAAGUGGUUUAAACAAUGCCAUAACUACUGUGCAAGGAAAUGCUGGUUAUUUACCACCUGAAGUGAUAUCUCUUUUAAGCGACAAGUUGAAUGCAAUAACAACAUACUUGAAUGGUGCUUUUGGAGAACAUAUCCCAAAUUUAGCUGGAAUUAUUCCAGAUUUAGAUGGACUUAAGGCGACUUUAGUUGCUUUAGCUCAAAAUGUACCAGCUGAAUUGACCGAUGUGAGUGAUUUGGUGAAAACGAUUGUAAGUUUCACCCAAAACCUGCAAUCAGCUACAGACGAUCAAAAGCCUGUUAUUUUAGAUGAUUUAGAGAACACAAUGGAUGCUUUAAGUGACAAGUUAGAUGUGUUAACAGGAACUAGUGGUUCAUUAAAAUCAAUUGUUGAUAUAGCAAAAUUGAUUUGGGCUCGAUUAGCUGAUGUAAAUGCCUUAAAAGAAAAAUUGGCAACAGCUUCAAACGAAGAGAAAGUUCAAAUAACAGAUGAAUUGGAUCAGAGACAGGAUGAAAUUGCAAUAAUUAUUGGUAAAUUGCAAGUAUUAACCCAAAUAGUUGGAAGCCAGACAGGUUCUAUCGGUAUCGACACGAUUAACAACCUAAAUAAUGGUGCCUUACACAUACUCACGACAGCAGAAAAAGGAUUUGAGAAAGUUCUAGGAACAGUAGGGUCUGCAGGUGGUUUAGCAUCAGAUUUGUUAUCUGCUGCCAACGACUUAACCGUUAACAUAAUACCCAACACAGCUACUGAAGGAGUUGAUGCGGAAGGAAAUGUAAUAAACAGUAUCACUUCUAACGCAAUUCCAAGUGGAAGUAUUAAUUGGGAGGCUAGCUUACCUUCAAAUCCUUCUGGAAGUAUAACUUGGAUAAACGGAUUGCCUGUGGGUUUAGAAGGAAGUCCUCUUGGAAGUACACCUGGAACUCAAGGCGGUAGUAUAACUUGGAUAAAUGGCGUACCUGUACCUGUAGGUCCUGACGGAAGUCCUCUUGGAAGUACACCUGGAACUCAAGGUUCAAAUCCCACUGGAAGUAUAACUUGGAUAAAUGGCAUGCCUGUUCCUAUGGGUCCAGACGGAAGUCCUCUUGGAAGUACACCUGGAAGUCAAGGUUCAAAUCCCACCGGAAGUAUAACUUGGAUAAAUGGCAUGCCUGUACCUGUGGGUCCAGACGGAAGUCCCCUUGGAAGUUCCAGCUCUCCUGGAAGUAUCAGUGGUAAUAUUCCUACACCUACAAUAAGCGGCGGUUCUAAUCCAUCUAUAAACAUUAAUGAUAUUAUGGCAAUGAUAAGCGGUAUGACUGGUGCUAAACCAGGAGCUAGUGGAACUAUAUCUUGGGAAGGCAGCUUACCUACAGGUAGUUCAAACCUAAACAUAAAUGAUAUUAUGUCGAUGAUAAGCGGCAUGACUGGUGCAAAUCCUGGUUCCAGUGGAAGUAUAACUUUGGGAGGCAACUUACCAGUAAGCGGAAGUUCGCCUGUAGUAACCAGCUCUCCUGGAACUAAUCAACCAUCUACUACUAGUGAAAGUUUGACUUGGGAGGGAAGUUCACCAUCAAGUGGAAGUCAACCUUUAGUACCCAGCAUUCCUGAUAGCUCAAGCGGUUCCAUACCCAAUCAACCAUCUAGUACAAGUGGAAUUAUGACUUCGCAAGGUAGCUUACCAGUAGGUGGAAGUCAACCUUUAACCAGCUCCCCUGGUCCAUUAAAUAAUCAGCCAUCUGGUUCCAGUGGAAGUAUGACUUGGGAAGGUAGCUUACCAACAAGUGGAAAUCAACCCAGCUCAAGCGUUUCAAUACCUAAUCAACAACCUGGUACAAGUGGAAGUAUGACAUGGCAAGGUAGCUUACCAACUGGUGGAAGUCAACCUUUAGUAACCACCUCUCCUGGAUCAUUACCUAAUCAGCCAACUGGUAACAGUGGAAGUAUGACUUGGGAAGGUAGCUUACCAACAAGUGGUAGUCAAACUGUAGUACCCAGCUCUCCUGGAAGUUUAUUACCUAAUCAACCAUCUGGUAUAAGUGGAAGUAUGACUUGGCAAGGUAGCUUACCAACAAGUGGAAGUCAACCUGUAGUAACCAGUUCUUCUGGAAUUUUAUUACCUAAUCAACCAUCUGGCAGUAGUGGUAAUCAACCAUCUGGCAAUAGUUUAACUUGGGAAGGAAGCGUACCAAGUGGUAGCAUUAGUCCCGUUAUGCCUACAAUAAGUAUGACUGGUUCGGGAGCUAAUCAACCAGCCGGUUCUAGUGGAAGUUUAACUUGGCAAGGCAGCCAACCAAUAAUAAGCUCUCCAGGAAGUUCAAGCAUUAGCAUCAGUCCCGUUAUGCCUACAAUAAGUAUGACUGGUUCAGGAGCAAAUCAACCAGCAGGAUCCAGUGGAAGUUUAACUUGGCAAGGUAGCUUACCUGUAACUUCGGGCAUAAAUACAAUCGGAAGCAGCUCUAUGGGAGGUUCAGGUUUAAGCAUCAGUGGCAGUGUACCUACAAUAAACAGUAUAGCUGGUACAGGAGGUUCAGGCGGAAGUUUAACUUGGGGCGGUAGCUUACCUUCAGGUUCUUCAGGAAUUUUAUCAUCCGGCGGUUCCUCAUCUCUUACGACUAGUUUCAUUCAACCAUCUUUUAGUACCACCUCAACUGCUACAGCCCCAAAGACACCCACGUCUUCUUCAGGCUUUUUAGCUAAUUUAAUUAAACCUUCAUUCGUAGCCGGAAAUCUAAUUUAAAAAAGAAUCUUCUACGAUUUAGAAAUGACUUAAAGUCAAUCAUAUUAUUAUUUCUGAACAUUAAUUGUUGUAAUUAUAAUUUUAAAUAAAUAUCGAAAACGACAAUUUUUUAAAUUUAUCAAAAAUUUAUUCAGCAUAUAAUAUUGAAACGAAAUAUUUGUUGUAUAAAAUUUUGAUAAAUUUAAAUUUUGAUUAUCGAUACGACCUAAUAUGGUUUG